AUGAAAUCCCUUAUCAGUAGAGCUAGUAUGAGGACUCUCGAUUCUCAAACUGUCACUUCCAGUAUUCAAAUUAAUUUCGAAACCAGAGAAAAUUACCGAAAGACAACAACAGAGAAUGUGUUUAGUCAUCCUUCUUAUAGAGAAAUGAUUGCUGACAUUGUCAGGGCAAAGGAAGAAGUAGAAGAGAGAAAACUUGCUGAGCAACGACAAAUUGAACAAGCUCUCCAAAAGAAAAAAGAAGAAGAACGAAUUAAACAAGAAGAAUUAAGGAAAGAACUGGCAAAAGUCAAAGUUCCAGUAACUAAUAGAAAAAAUCAUUUUUCUAAUAGAAUGCAAUCGAGAAAGGAGCAAUUUUUGAAUCAAUCGGAAGAUAAGGAGAAUUAUUCACCUCAACAAGUUGAAACAAAUCAACCAACAGUUUCGAAAAAUGUUCAAAGUCUCGAUGUUAUGGAAACCAUUUCGAAUAAGGUUGUUCUAAGAGAAAGACCAAGAAGAAAUACAACUCCAAUCAUGAUGAGACCACAAGCUCUAUUAGAUAAUUCUAUACCUGCAUCUCCUCGUUCAUUAUUCCCUCGCCAAACACAACAAGUUUCAUAA